AUGGCUCCACCAACCAAGACAUCCGACGGCCGACGCAAGUCUGGAGGCAAGCCAUCCCUCGUCGUCACCCUCUCUGUCCCAUCCUCCAUCCUACGCGAGGCCAUCGGCGACGACGCGAUCAAACCAGAGUCUCCCGCCGCCGCCAGCGACCAGAAGGACUCGAGCGAGGUCAAGGAGUCGCCAUCUACGCCAGUCCCUGCACCCAAUGGCAGUGGUGAGACCGCAUCCGACUCGAAUGCUGUUACACCCGCCGGCGACGGCACGCCUGCACCAUCCAUUAUGGGACCUCCCACCGACGGAAGAAAAAAGGGCGUGAAGCGAGGCGCCGCUGCAACGGCCGACGGCCAGCCCAAGAUCCGCGGCAAGCCAGGCCCCAAGAAGAAGCCGCGUCUGGAGGACGGUACUAUUGAUCAUGCCGCCGUUCGCGCCAACGCUGCCGCUCACAAACUCGGUCCUAAGGCGAACCAAGGCGCCAUUAACGCCGGCCUUCGCGCCCUCGACAGAUCCGGAAAGCCGUGCCGUAAGUGGGCAAAGGGCAACUUUACACUGAAAAGCUUCACGGGUGUCGUUUGGGAGAUAAAUCGCUGGACCGCGCCGCCCAAGGCCAAUGGUGCUGAGGGCGACUCUGAGGUCACGCCGGCCGACUCUGCCGACAGCAGCAACAAGGAGAACAAAGAAAAUGGUCAGGAGAACAACAGCACUGCGCCUAGCAAUAUCGGCGGCGACGUGGAAAUGCAAAGCCUGCCCAGCGUCAACGCCUCGUCACCUGCGCCUGCACCUGUUGCCGCAGCCUCAUAG